GCAUACCAACAUACAUACAUACAGCACACCUUGAGCAGCUACCUAGCUAGCUUGUAUCAAAGGCAUUUUUUCAACAUUAAGGGCAUUGGUUUUAGAUUUUGAGAGAGAAUGGAUCAGAAGUUUACAAGUAUUGUGGUUAUAUUUUUCGGUGUUAUUGCUACGGUGUUUUUACAAUUCACAGAAGCACAAACAGUACAUGUGGUAGGAGAUAGCAUUGGUUGGACAGUUCCAACGGGUGGUGCUUCCACAUAUCAAACUUGGGCAGCUAGUAAGCAGUUCGCGGUUGGUGAUAUCCUAUCGUUCAAUUUCGUUACAAAUGCGCAUGAUGUUCUUCAAGUGCCGAAAGAAUCCUAUGACAGUUGCAGCUCGUCUAAUCACAUCGGUGACACCAUCACCAUUGGUCCUGUCAACAUAACUCUGUCCACUGCUGGCGCCCACUACUACAUCUGUACUCUUGGUCGGCAUUGCCAUUCAGGCCAGAAGUUGUCGAUUACCGUCUCGAGCUCUCCAAGUGAUAUCCCACCUACAAGUACGAGUACUCCACCUUCCACCCCAACAAAUCCUGCCACACCAUCUCCAACAUCAGGGACCCCUGCUGAUUGCACUCCAACACCUGCAUCAUCCCCUGCUCUAACUCCAAGGACAGUGUCGCCACCUAAUUCUUCAUCAUCUAGCGUCUUUGCUAGUUUAUUCAUCUCUUUGUUGUCCAUAGCCAUGGGCUUCCUUUUCUAGGGGACAAGUGUGGAAUUUAGAGCCAAUGUGCACUGUGAUGUUAAAAUUUUGUUUGCUUAUUUCUUUAUGUUAUUUAUUCUCCGAUGAUUGAAUUUUGCAUUAAGGCUACAUAAUGUAUUAUUUAAGCAGCAUAUGAUUAAUAAAGGGAUUGUUACCAAGUAA